AUGUCUGGCUUAUCACCUUCGUCGUCUGGGCUACUCCCAAUGCCUGGUGCGCCGUCAUCUUCUUGGGCCGGAUAUAAAGCACGAGUUGCGGCUCUGCUGGGACAUCAUGACACCAAAGUCAUCGUCGCCUUUUGGCUCUUUGGCCUCAUUAACAAUGUCCUCUACGUGAUUAUCCUCUCCGCCGCCCAAGAUCUCGUCGGUUCCCUACCAAAAGGAGUCGUCCUCCUCGCCGACGUCGUGCCCUCGUUCCUGACCAAACUGAUCGCUCCAUACUUCAUCCAUCGCAUACCCUACCGCACACGAAUCCUCAUAUUCAUCGCUCUGUCUGCAGCAGGCAUGCUCAUGGUGGCCUUGACACCGAGCACCCAGUCCGUCGCGAUCAAGCUCGUAGGCGUCGUCCUCGCGAGUAUAAGCGCCGGAGGCGGUGAGCUCAGCUUCUUGGGUCUUACCCAUUUCUACGGAGCGAUGAGUCUCGCAGGCUGGGGUUCGGGAACUGGCGCCGCGGGCUUGGUUGGUGCUGGACUAUACGUGAUGUUUACUGAUUGGUGGGGAUUGAGCGUGCGUAGCAGUUUGUUGAUCUCUGCGUGCUUUCCUGCGAUUAUGUUUGUCAGUUUCUUUGUGAUAUUGCCUCUUGGGCCUUUGAGAGAGGGUACCAGGAAGGACUACGAUGCGAUUCCGGAUCUUGAGGAUGAAGAUGUCGAUCACAUGGGCCAAGGGACUGCUUCGUCGGCGCUCUUGGCUCCUGGUCCUUCUGUUGCGUCGACUGUGUACUCUGCGCGAAACCAUCAAGAGACGCUCACUGUGAGAGAUCGACUGAAUAAGGUGAAGAAGUUGUUUGUGCCAUACAUGAUGCCGUUGCUACUGGUGUAUGUGGCCGAGUAUACGAUCAACCAAGGAGUUGCGCCUACACUACUGUUCCCGCUUGAGGAGUCGCCGUUUGACGAGUUUCGAGCGUUCUACCCAUUCUACGGAUUUCUCUACCAGCUUGGUGUCUUUAUCUCACGAUCAUCCACCCCAUGGAUCCGCAUCCACCAACUCUACCUCCCCUCCAUGCUCCAAAUCGCGAACCUCAUUCUUCUCACAUUACACGCGAUGUACUUCUUCCUCCCAUCAGUCUACGUCGUGUUCAUCAUUGUCUUCUGGGAAGGUCUCCUAGGAGGAGGCGUCUAUGUCAAUUGUUUCGCCGAAAUCAUGGAAAACGUUCCCGCCGAAGAUAGAGAAUUCAGUCUUGGAGCAACUACCGUGAGUGAUAGUGGGGGUAUUUCUAUCGCUGGUCUUAUUAGCAUCGUGAUGGAGACCAAGCUGUGCAAUUACCAGGUUGCGCAUGGACGAGACUGGUGUCGACGCAUUUCUGCACAGGGUCAUUAG